AUGUCAGCACAAAUUACAACAGAGCAAGUUUGGCAACAGGUUCAGCUGUUAUAUCAUGGACAUGACAAGCAGAUUGCGGACGCGGACAGAUGGCUCAAAGAUUAUCAAAGGACAGAGGGAGCUUGGGCCUCUCUCGAACAGCUUUUACACACAGAAGGCCUCAACGAGGAAACACUGUUCUUUGCUGCAAACACAUUGAAAUCCAAGAUUGUUCGAGGGGAUCUUGAGCAGCUCGAUGCCAAAGCCCAAGAGGCGCUUGGGGGAUCACUGAUGGCACACAUUUACAAGUUUAGAAAUGGGCCAAUGACAGUAAGAAAGCAACUUUGCUUAGCGUUUUCGUCGUAUGCUGGGGAGUUCGACAAGAUUCGAUCGAACAUCGUUGAAGAGGUCUGCAAGGCCAUGGGAUCCUCUCCGGACACGAUGCCCGUUCUGCUGGAUUUGCUGACCCUACUAGGAGAGGAGGCAGCUCGCGUUCAGGAGGACUCAAUUGAUCUCCCGCCCGACCAACAUCACCAUCUCUACACCUCCGCUUGCCAGUCCGCUCUCGCGGUCCUCAACUUCACGCACCAGUGCUUUUCAAGCUUGCAAGGGGAUGGAGCACAAGCCAAGCAGGGCAAGGGGCAGGUCAUGACCUGCUUCUGCCGGUGGCUGCGUUUCGGCACAGUGCCUGCCGAGCAGAUGGUCCAGAGUCCAAUCGUACAUGCUGCCCUCCCAGCCAUCCAGGAUGCGGACUUGUGUGAGGCAGCGUCAGAUCUCUUGUGCGAGCUUGCGUACAUAUCUCGAGAGAUGCCCAAGGGACUUCCGAUCUUUCAGAUGUUGACUGCAGCUUUGGAGACCUUUGAGGGCUUGGUGAAGAAAGCACUGCAUGAAGAAGACGAUAUUUUAGGGCGAUCCAUCACACGAGUGGUGGUCGAAAUGGGAGAAAGUUAUGCUCCGAUUCUUGCGCAAGCAUCUCCAGAUGCAGUGAGGAUGAUCAAUCUCAUCUGCCUCUGCGCCUCAAAUCCUGAUCGACGGAUCGCAUCGAUCACUUUUGGUUUCUGGUAUCGAUUGAGUGAGGCCAUGAAGGAUUUUCCUCAAGACACUCGUCUCAAAUGUGUCGAGGCCAUGGAUGCUCCACUCUCACAGCUGAUGAUCGUGCUCGAGAAUGAACAAGAUGAAUUCAGAAAUUUUCGACUAGAGGCUUUGUUCGACGCUGUGCUGGAUCUGUGUUCCAUGCUAGGAUCCCUGCGAUGCUUGAAGAUCGUUCUGCCGGAACUGCAGAAGAGCGUACAGAGUUGUUCAUGGAAUGAGGACGGAUGGAGGGCGGUGGAAGGAUGUCUGUUCACUGUCAGGGUGUUAGCAAGACAUGUGUCAACCGAUGAGAACGAGGUUGUUCCAGCCCUCCUGAGUCUCUACACACACCUGCCCGAGCACCAGAGAGUACGUCAGGCCUUCACGGUUGUGAUCGCCAAGUUCUCCCCUUGGCUGAACUCGCAUCCCGAGGCCUUGAGGCCGCUGCUGGAGUAUGUAGUCAGGGGGUUGGGGCCGUCGAAGACGGGGACGUUGGCAGCUGAGUCUCUUCAGGAACUUUGCGAUGACUGCGCUGAGCACAUGGCGGGGAAUGCGAACCUGGAGGGCCUGAUGCAGAUCUACAACAACAUCGACUCUCUCGAACUCCCGCAGCAGGAGAAAAUCCUUGAAGGGUUCGGCGCCGUGCUGGCGCGGAUUCCAAGCGAGCAGAUCGCGCACAUGCUCAGUAUCGUGUCGAGCCCUCCGAUCCGGGACGGGAUGGCGGCGCUUGAGCGGCAUGACAAGACCCGCGUGUCGAUGCAGAUCAAGAAGCUCAAAACCUUGCUGAAAGGAGGCGUCUCUGCGUGCGACGACAGGUCAGGGAGGAGGAAGUCGUGCGACAAGGAGGUCCUUGCUAAAGCCUGGGCUGCGAGCUUUGCCAAUGCAAUCGGGUUGGAGUUCAAGGCCUUCCUGUCUCCUUUUGCAACGUCAGCUGUCAACGCGUACAUCAAACACCCUCUCUCGUGCAUUCUCUAUGCUGUGACGACGGUCGUUUCUUUCUUUGGAAAGUAUCAGGAAUUCGUGGGACCUCUGUCGGAGAUGCUGGCAGCACUUUCAGCCAGGACGUUUCAGGUCUUCUCGUCAGGAGAGGCCUUCGUGAAUUCUCCUGACAUCGUGACGGAAUACUUCGAGAUGAUGGAAAGGGCUGUGAGGAGGUUUCCUCAGGUGGUCUACAACUCCCCCCUGGGUGAGAAUGCGCUCUCCUGCGGGGUUGCCUCCCUCUACACCAAACUCGAGCACAGAGAAGCGAUACGGGCGAUCCUCUCUUUCUUCGAGAACGUGGUCCUGUCAGAUGCUAACAAGGAGAACCAUGAGCUCUGCCGGGCUGAUCGCGAAGCAGCCAUGAUCUUCCUCGUCGGCCAGGGCCCUGGACCCUGUGGAACUUCUCCCCAGCCACGAGGGCAGUCGAUGGUACAAGCGCUGAUGUACGCCAUCACCACGAAACCCUCAGUCGUCGUGGAGCCCGUGGCGACCAUCUUGUACGACCUGGGCCGGUUCAUGCCAAACCAGAGGAUGGAGUGGGUGAUGGCAGGCAUCGCUGUGGUCCCAGGAAACAUUCUCUCGCAGAGUGCCAAGGACAUGUUCGUCAAGGACCUUCCAAACGCCCGCGACAUCCCCGCGUUGAAAGGCAUCGUCCGUCAGCUCUACAGGAACUGCAAGACGUCCUGA